AUGGAGGCAGCUGCCGUCGAUUCAUCCGCCGGAGGAGGCAUUCCCGUCUCCAUGAUGCAGAAUCGUCAUCUCCCCCGUCGAAUCGACCCGACGGGACACCGGCGUCGGUCCUUCAACCACAUGGUGCGCGCCAACGCCAAGCGGCUCGCCCAGGGCAACGACGCCAACGUGUGCGUCUCCCUCGGCUUGCCGUGCACCGCAAGCGACCAGACCUCGAGCAUCCUCGCGGGAUCCGCCUUUCGCUCCCACCUCGAGGCCGACCUGCGGCAGCACUACAACGCGGCCCGGCCCUCGCCCCGGCUGCGCUGCAGGACACGGCCCACGUCCUUCCUGGGUCCUCAGGAGGAGGACGAGGCCCGGGUCCUCGCUCGCAGCGAGCUUCCCCUGCCUAGCGAUCGCUUCCGUCUCGUACGCCGGCCCACGCUCGAGCGGGAGGAGGCUUUCCGCGACGCGAGCACGGCCAAGAGCAAGAUCCGCGUCCGCCGCUCCGCACCCUCCGCCGGCGACGGCGAGACCGAGGACGCGCAGGUGGCCGAGCUGUACCGCAUGGGCCUCCUGUACGACGACGCCGACGGCCCCCGCGCCGCCGACGACGACGCCACCUUCAACCUCAACAGCAUCCGGCACGAGCAGCCCGUCUACUCCAUCCGGCCCGCGAGACGGCCACGCAAGGCGCUCUCGAGCAAGCCGGCCACGGGCACGACGAGCGCCCUCGGCACCUCGGAGCGGCCGCUGCCCCUCGACCUUUCCUUCACCGACCUCGGCGACGACACCGCCAUCGCCCAGUUCCUCUCCCCCGCGCCCUCGCCGCAUCAGCUCGAGGUUCUCGCCGAGGAGACGAUCCAGCAUGGGUCCCUACCGCCGUCCCGCCAGUCCUUUCCGCCCCUGCGCGUCGUGUACGAGCUUGCGAGCGCUCAGCCUUCCUACGACGUCGACACCUCGCAGCCGCCUGACUUGGUCACCGACUCGCUGUCGGAUUACGACUGCUUCUCCGACUGCGAGCUCGACGACGACGACGACGCCGCGGCGCCUUCUCGGCGGGGAGUGCGCGCGGACGAGAGGGAAACCGCACAGCAGCAUCAUCAUCAUCGGCAGAAUUCCAACGACGAGGGCUGGGUCAUGCUGGGCAAUGUCUCGUAG